AUGUAUGAGAAGAAGUUCACGGUGCUCGUUCACGCUACUCGUUCAGUGGGUAAGUGAAUGCUCCUACAAUGUCUCUCCCAAGCAUAUUUUACCGGUGUUUUGAUUUACUGCCCUGCAUACUGCUAGGAGUAACUUGCGAGUUGGUGAUUUCCCGCUCGUUUAGUAAAGUGCAGCCAGGAUCCAUAGAGCGAGUAAGUCCUCUGCCUUCUCUCUGUUUAUCGUACUGGUGCAUGUGACAUCAAGUCUGUGUUGCUUGUGUGUGUUUGCCAUUUCACUGGCAGAGCUUGUUUUCAGGAGGCGGGGUGUGGGUUGUUUGCGAACUCAUUUUAGCUCACAACAAGCUUGUAGCAUGGCUAAUGCCAGACAGAAAAAUGCUGCAAAGAUCAAUGUCGAAGAGGAAUAAAAGGGUUGAUGAUCUGUUUAAGGAUGUAAUGGAAUUUAAACAGUUUGGUGUUUACACAGUCAGAGGUGGAGGAGCUAAAGGGCAUGAAUGUCACCAGCCAGACUGCAUUCAAAACCACAACACUUGACAAGCACUCUUCCAGAGGAAACUACCUCGAAAACCAAUUGAGGCGCAAUAACGUUUUAAUCGAUGGAAUUGAGGACACAAAGACUGAAACUUGGCAUGACACAGAAGUCAAGGCCAAGAAACUUCUGGCAGAUCAACUCAAACUGGACCCUAAACUCACGGAGAUGGAGAGGUUGUAUAGGAAUGGCUCUUUCUUCCAUUGACAUUGAUUUUGAGAUAUGAAGACUUUUAUUACAAAUUAAAUGAAAAUUGUUCCACGAAGAUGUGGUUAUGAAAAUCAUAACUGGCACGCAGAUCAGUAUAAAUGGUAGGAUAACUUGGCACUCCAAAUGGAUUAGGUUGCCAACCGCUGGCGUAGCCUAUUACAGGCAACUUCAGGAGCGUAAUGGCAGAAUGUGUGGAAGCCAGCAGCGGACAGCGGGCAGCGGGAGGAGGGUCGGGAACAGGUUUCAUUCUUCUGGUUAGGCUAUAUAUAUAUAUAUCUCUGGCUCCCUCUCUUUAUUCAUUUGUGUGUCAUUUUUUAAUUGCAGUGCAUAAAGCAUCAGGCAAAGUAGCCUACAUAUAGUUGAUUUUAUUCAAACAUAGGGUGUGUCUAUAUAUGGGAAAAUACACGUUUUAAAAUGUUGAUCAAUCAAUUGGAACAGACGACACUCGGUCGACCCAAGUUUUUUCUUUUUAGUCGGGGCAGCCCUAGUUCAGCCUUAAAGUAUUAAUCAGGUUUAAUUCUAACCAGGUUCUCACUGUGUCCCUCCCUCUCUGUGUCUCUGUCACAGCGGCCCCCAGCACAGAAAACAUGGCUCUCUACGUAGGCAUCGUCAUCGCUGUCAUCAUGUGUCUGGUCAUCUCCGUCAUCGUGGCACUCUUCGUCUACCGGAAAACCCACCGCGACUUUGACUCUGACAUCGACUCGUCAGCCCUUAACGGAGGCUUCCAGUCGGUCAAUAUAAAGACAGCACGCUCAGGUGAGUAGGAUGUGGGGCGGUGACUUGGUUCUAGCUUAGCCUGGGUACCAGACCUGUUUGUUCCAUCAUUCCAGUCCUUGCCACUCCUUGCCAUAUGCCAGGAGUGGAAGGAUGGCACAAACAGGUCUGGUACCCAGGCUAGUUCUAUCUGUGCUCUUAUCGUUGCAUCUUCAGACAAUGGUUCAGUUUGGGAUGUCUUUCCGGUAGCACUUUAUUUAAUGACAUAUAUAUUACACAUAUUUACUAAGAAAUUACAUAAUAAAUAUGGGUAAUCCAUACUAUUUCAUUUCUUAGUAAAUAUGGGUAAUCUAUACUAAGAAAUGACAUGGUAUAGAUUACCCAUAUUUACUAAGAAAUGACAUGGUAUAGAUUACCCAUAUUUACUAGGAAAUGGCAUGGUCUAGAUUACCCAUAUUUACUAAGAAAUGACAUGGUAUAGAUUACCCAUAUUUACUAAGAAAUGACAUGGUAUAGAUUACCCAUAUUUACUAAGAAAUGACAUGGUAUAGAUUACCCAUAUUUACUAGGAAAUUACAUGGUAUAGAUUACCCAUAUUUACUAAGAAAUUACAUGGUAUAGAUUACCCAUAUUUACUAAGAAAUUACAUGGUAUAGAUUACCCAUAUUUACUAAGAAAUGACAUGGUAUAGAUUACCCAUAUCUACUAAGAAAUGACAUGGUAUAGAUUACCCAUAUUUACUAAGAAAUGACAUGGUAUAGAUUACCCAUAUCUACUAAGAAAUGACAUAGUAUAGAUUACCCAUAUUUACUAAGAAAUGACAUGGUAUAGAUUACCCAUAUCUACUAAGAAAUGACAUAGUAUAGAUUACCCAUAUUUACUAGGAAAUGACAUGGUAUAGAUUACCCAUAUUUACUAAGAAAUGACAUGGUAUAGAUUACCCAUAUUUACUAGGAAAUGACAUAGUAAUAUAAAUGGUUAUUACACUGCAGUGAUGUAGUUAAGUCACUAAACCUCUAGUCCGAGUCGAGUUCCAAGUCCCUAGUGUUCGAGUGAGUCCUUUAUACUCAAGUCACGAGCUACUUUUAAUUAGUAUUGUAAAGCAAACUAGAUAAUACAGCUAUGUAACAUUUUCUGCUGCAGCUAAAUUAGUAGGUUGAAUAAUGCAAAAUAGGUAGAUUUUCUGAUAAAGUCAUAACCGGUCGAGUCCAUGUCCGAAUCACCACUGGUCCGAGUCGGCGUCGUGAAAAUCUUGACUUGAGUCUGAGUCAAGUCUGAGUCCUGGACUCGAGUACUACAACACUGUAUAAAUUACUAUUGGGGGGGAUUCAUUAAACCAACACCACCAAGCACCAUUUGGUACUAGGUAGUUACCAAGUGUGUACAGAUGUUUUUUGAAGCCAACAUGUCCUAUUAGAAACCGGGUAAAGACUAGUGGAGACAGUAAAAUAAAGUGCUACAAUUCUAUCGGACAGGGGGAUAUGCAGUAACACAGUGUCUUUCAGUAUGUUAAUAAGAUUAUGAAUUGCUAUUUACAGUUGAAGUCAGAAGUUUACAUACACUUAGGUUGGAGUCAUUAAAACUAGUUUUUCAACCACUCCACAAAUUUCUUGUUAACAAACUAUAGUUUUGGCAAGUCGGUUAGGACAUCUACUUUGUCCAUGACACAAGAAAUUUUUCCAACAAUUGUUUACAGACAGAUUAUUUCACUUAUAAUUCACUGUAUCACAAUUCCAGUGGGUCAAGACUGUGCCUUUAAACAGCUUGGAAAAUUCCAGAAAAUGAUGUCAUGGCUUUAGAAGCUUCUGAUAGGCUAAUUGACAUCAUUUGAGUCAAUUGGAGGUGUACCUGUGGAUGUAUUUCAAGGCCUACCUUCAAACUCAGUGUCUCUUUGCUUGACAUCAUGGGUAAAUGAAAAUCAGCCAAGACCUCAGAAAACAAAUUGUAGACCUCCACAAGUCUGGUUCAUCCUUGGGAGCAAUUUCCAAACACCUGAAGGUACCACGUUCAUCUGUACAAACAAUAGUACGCAAGUAUAAACACUAUGGGACCACACAGCCGUCAUACCACUCAGGAGGAGACGCGUUCUGUCUCCUAGAGAUGAACGUACUUUGGUGCGAAAAGUGCAAAUAAAUCCCAGAACAACAGCAAAGGACCUUGUGAAGAUGCUGGAGGAAACAGGUACAAAAGUAUCUACUGUAUAUCCACAGUAAAACGAGUCCUAUAUCGACAUAACCUGAAAGGCCGCUCAGCAAGGAAGAAGCCACUGCUCCAAAACCACCAUAAAAAAGCCAUACUACGGUUUGCAACUGCACAUGGGGACAAAGAUUGUACUUUUUUGAGAAAUGUCCUCUGGUCUGAUUAAACAAAAAUAAAACUGUUUGGCCGUAAUGACCAUUGUUAUGUUUGGAGGAAAAAGGGGGUUUCUUGCAAGCCAAAGAACACCAUUCCAACCGUGAAUCACGGGUGUGGCAGCAUCAUGCUGUGGGGGUGCUUUGCUGCAGGAGGGACUGGUGCACUUCACAAAAGAUGGCAUCAUGAGGAAGGAAAAUAAUGUGGAUAUAUUGAAGCAACAUCUCAAGACAUCAGUCAGGAAGUUAAAGCUUGGUCGCAAAUGGGUCCAAAUGGACAGUGACCCCAAGCAUACUUCCAAAGUUGUGGCAAAAUGGCUUAAGGACAACAAAAUCAAGGUUUUGGAGUGGCCAUCACAAAGCCCUGACCUCAAUCCUAUAGAACAUUUGUGGGCAGAACUGAAAAAGCAUGUGCGAGCAAGGAGGCCUACAAACCUGACUCCGUUACACCAGCUCUGUCAGGAGGAAUGGGCCAACAUUCACCCAACUUAUUGUGGGAAGCUUGUGGAAGGCUACCCGAAAGGUUUGACCCAAGUUAAACAAUUGAAAGGCAAUGCUACCAAAUACUAAUUGAGUGUAUGUAAACUUCUUGUCACACCCUGGCUCUGGGGACUCUAUAUGUUGAGCCAGGGUGUGUAGAUUCUAUGUGUUGUAGUUUCUAGUUGUUUCAUUUCUAUGUUGGCCAGAGUGGUUCUCAAUCAGAGGCAACGAGUGUCAGCUGUUGCUGGUUGUCUCUGAUUGGGAACCACAUUUAGACAGGCUGUUUUCCCACAGUUGUUGUGGGAUCUUGUUCCUUUUGGUUUGUACCGUAGGACUGCAUGUAUCGUUUGUUGUUUUGUUCGGGUUAUCACUAUUAAUAAAAGAGUAUGUUUGCCUUCAACGCUGCGCCUUGGUCCACUCACUCUAACGAUCGUGACAGAAGAUCCCACCACAACAGGACCAAGCAGCGUGUCCAGGAGCACACGCAGGAGGUAACUCUAGUGGAUGUCCUCCUCGGUUGGGGGCAGAUUACGGAGGAGGAGGCCGUCCGGUACCGGAGGGCUAUGAAGGGGGAGACCCAGGCAGGAGAGGAGAAGCGGCGUCAACCUGGCCGUGGUCGGACAGACGAGAGGCACCCCCAAGACAUUUUUAGGGGGGGGCACACGGCAUGGGCGACGGGGCAGCAGGAGGCUGCCACAGGGCGAAUUGGGAGAUUAGGAGAGGAGGCCACCGGGUUUGGGGGGCCGGAAGGCAGGUUGGCGGAGCCUGGAUGUAGAGCAGAGCCAACUCCCCGUACUCAGGCAUGGCAGCAUGAGACUGGGCAGGUUCCGGGGUAUGCGGAGCUGCGUACUGUGCCACGAGUGGUCCGGCAUAGUCCGGUACGUCCUGUGCGAGCACCCCGCACGUGUCGUGCGAAGGUGGGCAUGCAGCCAGGACGGAGUGUGCCGGCUCAGCGCUCGUGGCCUCCAGUGCCCCUCCUCGGUCCCGGAUAUCCUGCGCCAGUGUCACGUGCUGUUAUGCCAGUACGUGUACACAGCCCUGUACGUCCUGUGCUGAUGCCUCACACAGAGUGUGUGAAGGUAGGCAUUCAGCCAGGACGGGUUGUGUCAGCUCUUCACUCCAGGCCUCCAAUCCGUCUCCACAGCCCGGCCCGGCCUGUUCCUGCUCCUCGCACCAAGCCUACGGUGCGCGUCGCCAGCCCGGCCUGGCCUGUUCCUGCCCCUCGCACCAAGCCUACGGUGUGCGUCGCCAGCCCGGCCCGGCCUGUUCCUGCCCCUCGCACCAAGCCUACGGUGCGCGUCGCCAGCCCGGCCCGGCCUGUUCCUGCCCCUCGCACCAAGCCUACGGUGCGCGUCGACAGCCCGGCCCGGCCUGUUCCUGCCCCUCGCACCUGUCAGCCCGGUCCGGCCCGUUCCUGCUCCACGCACCAAGCCAGGGGUGCGCGUCGUCAGUCCGGCACAACCCGUGCCUGGGUCACCGGUGCCUGGUCAGGUACCGGUCAGCUGCUCCACACCGGAGCCUAAGCAAUCCGCUCCUACGAUGUCCAGUCCAGCUCCAGCCAGCGGGGCCAGACCGGACCAGGGGCGCUACGGGGGGAUGGUUAGAGGGUGGAGGAAUGCCCACCCAGCCCUCCCCUGUUUGGUUUAUGUUUAGGCGCGGUCGCAGUCCGCGCCUUUGGGGGGGGGGUACUGUCACACCCUGGCUCUGGGGACUCUAUAUGUUGAGCCAGUGUGUGUAGAUUCUAUGUGUUGUAGUUUCUAGUUGUUUCAUUUCUAUGUUGGCCAGAGUGGUUCUCAAUCAGAGGCAACGAGUGUCAGCUGUUGCUGGUUGUCUCUGAUUGGGAACCACAUUUAGGCUGUUUUCCCACAGUUGUUGUGGGAUCUUGUUCCUUUUGGUUUGUACCGUAGGACUGCAUGUAUCGUUUGUUGUUUUGUUCGGGUUAUCACUAUUAAUAAAAGAGUAUGUUUGCCUUCAACGCUGCGCCUUGGUCCACUCACUCUAACGAUCGUGACACUUCUGACCCACUGGGAAUGUGAUGAAAGAAAUAAAAGCUGAAAUAAAGCAUUCUCUCUACUAUAAUUCUGACAUUUCACGUUCUUAAAAUAAAGUGAUGAUCCUAACUGACCUAAGACAGGGAAUUUUUACUAGGAUUACAUGUCAGGAAUUGUGAAGAAAUGAGUUUAAAUGUAUUUGACUAAGGUGUAUGUAAACUUCCGACUUCAACUGUAACUGCUUAUUUAAUCUAGAUAUACACUAAUGUAACCAUAAUUAAUAUCCAUGAUUUAAUCAUGGCCGUAGUAAUUCUCUUAGUUAGCUAUUUUUUUGUAUAAUAGCCUCCCGGAGAAAGUAUAAUACUUCCUUCUCCUCCUAUCAUGGCUUUCUGUUUCACUGAUAACAUCAAGAUGUUCCCCUCUCCGGUCCAGAUACUCAACAUUAGUCAUUCCUGAUAGACUUUCCUCUUUCCUUCCAUCCUGUGGAGGGAUGGUACAGACCAUAGAAAAAUGCCCCAAAGCACCUCAGACCACAGUCAUUUCCUCUGUGGGGGUAUAGUCAAUAUGGCCGCCGCAACGGUCCACCCACCAUAUAGCAUCAACUUGAAAGGUAAUGUCCAUUCUAGUAAUUAUAUUUCCAUGGUAGACUGCCUGAUGCUCCAGUACUGUAGCUAUGUCACAACCAUCCAAGUUUUCCUCUGCCAUUGCACCUGUUAGGUACAGACAACACACGAUAACACCAGACCUCACCAGUACAGACAACACACGAUAACACCAGACCUCACCGGUACAGACAACACACGAUAACACCAGACCUCACCAGUACAGACAACUCACGAUAACACCAGACCUCACCGGUACAGACAACACACGAUAACACCAGACCUCACCAGUACAGACAACUCACGAUAACACCAGACCUCACCGGUACAGACAACACACGAUAACACCAGACCUCACCGAUACAGACAACACACGAUAACACCAGACCUCACCGAUACAGACAACUCACGAUAACACCAGACCUCACCGAUACAGACAACUCACGAUAACACCAGACCUCACCGGUACAGACAACACACGAUAACACCAGACCUCACCGAUACAGACAACACACGAUAACACCAGACCUCACCGAUACAGACAACUCACGAUAACACCAGACCUCACCGAUACAGACAACUCACGAUAACACCAGACCUCACCGGUACAGACAACUCACGAUAACACCAGACCUCACCGGUACAGACAACUCACGAUAACACCAGACCUCAACAGUAGUGACCUUCAUCAUCAGCGUGACAGGCAAUUCUCAUUAGAUCAGGGUUGAAAAGAUGUCGGAGACCAACCGUGCAGCUUUGUGUUAUUAAUCCCAUACUCUCCCUCACCCCCCCACUGGUCCUAAAGGUGGCCUUUACGUCUAGACAGAAGCUUCUGUAGUCCACCGCUGUGAACGUUCCCUGCUGGUUGCCUGCCUGGUCUCUUACUGAGAGAGGGGAAGACAGAGGCCGGAUUAACAUUCAAAUCAGGGUGUGAAUGAAAAACGGAGGUCUAAGAUGGAAUGCAAUUUGGUCGGCAGCGCAUUGUGUGUGUGUGUGUGUGUGUCUGAGUGCCGGGUGACAUUUCAUCAGCAGACCAUCAGGAUGUCAAUCCGGUGGUGAAGGCUCGUCUCAGGUUAAUAUUAAUAAAGUAUUCCGUUUCCUCCUUCCUCCUCCAUCACGCACUUGGCGGUCUGUUGCCUGUUAAUUACAUUUCACUGGGGGAGAAUUGGUGGAAAGAUGAGCUGGCUGGAGGAGUACACAGACAGAGUGAAGGUGAAGGAGGGAGGGAGGGACGGUGAGGGAUCGGGGUGCGAGGUUUCACAAACAAACUAAAGUAGUGGACGAGCUCCUACUGUGCAUAGGAACAGGAUUAUAAGCCUUUGUGUCCCAAAUGGCACCCUAUUCCCGAUGUAGUGCACUACUUUUCACCAGGGCCCAGAGGGAAGCAGUGCACUACAAAGAGAAUAUGUUUCCAUUUGGUAUGCAGAAAGCGUCUUGUCAGUAAGAUGAUGGAUGGAUGGAGGGAUGGAUGGAACCAUACACUAACACUCAGACAAAGGAGUUGAUGCUUAACGUAUGUUCAGUGAUUUAUGAUAUCAUACCUGGGCUCUAAUGCUUUCAGCGUUUUCAUCAAGUCUGUCUGUAGUGCCUCAUGGGCGGUGUUUGUACCUUUUGGGACUAUGCCUAGCUCAAUGGAACCAAUGGAAAUCUCGUUCAAGAGUAGCUAUAGUAUUGGAAUGAAAACAACUACUAUGUUGAACCUGCAGGUCUGUUUCAUAUACUGCACCAUAGCUGACGUAGAAGGAGAUAGAAGAUGGAGGCUCUGGUUUAAUCAACGGUGUAGGGUGAAGUUGCCCCUAGACGCUGAUCUUAGGUCAGUUUUGCAUUUUCCCCACUAAUGGAUAAGGUUAGGAUUAGUGGAGAGGAAGCUGAUCCUAGAUCUGUACCUAGGGGAAACUUCAACCCAGAGCGUAAUCAGCUGCUACAUUCAGAGCAGGUGUGUCUGUUGUGGCAUGCUAACGAGUUGAUUAGCAAUCAGUGUUAAUGUUCAGACCAAGUGUCUCCUGUAUAGAAAACGCCUCGUACAAUAACUCUUGUAAUGUAAUGGAACUGAGUCAUUUGACCCAUUUGGUUUGAAAUUGUAUUGUGUGAUUAGACAUUUUGAGACAAUAAUUCCUAAAUAUAAACCUAUGGUACAUACUUCCUGAUGCAGUCUGCUCUUGAUCAACCAGGUUAUUAUUGUGAAGAUAAUUUGUUCUUGAUUUACAUGGCUAAAUAAACAAAUUUGGUAAAUAUUAAUUUGGAAUUUGACAAAACGUAUGACCCAAUCAUCGCUGACCUCUGACCCACAGCUGACUUGCUCACCGCUCCCCCGGACCUGACCAACGCUGCAGCCAUGUACCGUGGCCCCGUCUAUGCCCUCCACGACAUGUCCGACAAGAUCCCCAUGACCAACUCGCCCCUCCUGGACCCCCUGCCCAACCUGAAGAUCAAGGUGUAUAACUCCUCCGGCCUGGUCACUCCAUCGGAAGACCUGUCUGACUUUUCCUCCAAGCUGUCCCCUAAGGUCACCCAGUCCCUGCUGGACAGUGAGACCGUGAACCUGCGUAGCCAGAGCCUGGCUCGGACCCGAGACCCCUCCUGCACCGCCGCAGGCUCCUUCAACUCCCAGGGAGGACACCUCAUUGUGCCCAACUCAGGUACUCAAUCAGCCCUGUUUCAAGUUUUGAUUGUCACGUGCACUACUAGUACAGUGAAAUGCCUUUCUUGCUCUUUCCCAACAAUGCAGUAAUCAGUAUCAGUAGUAAUAAUAUCAGUAGGACUAUAAAACAUUUAUAAAAAAGUAAAGUAGAACAAAGACGCACGAGAAAUAGAAAUAAGAAGAACACUAGAAAGUCAGUAGCUAUAUACAGGGACAGAUCCAGGGUCAGUAGCUAUAUACAGGGACAGUUCCAGGGUCAGUAGCUAUAUACAGGGACAGUUCCAGGGUCAGUAGCUAUAUACAAGGGACCACUCCCAGGGUCAGUAGCUAUAUACAGGGACAGUUCGGCAGGGUCAGUAGCUAUAUACAAGGGACCAGAUCCAGGGCAGUAAGCUAUAUACAGGGAACAGUUCCAGGGUCAGUAAGCUAUAUACAGGAAUCAGUAGCUAUAUACAGGGACAGAUACAGGGACAGUUCCAUGGGUCCAGUAGCUAUAUACAGGGACAGUUUCCAGGCAGGGGCAGUAGCUAUAUACAGGGACCGUUCCAGGGUCAUGACUAUAUACAGGGACCGUCCAGGGUCAGUAGAUAUAUACAGGGUCGGUUCCAGGGUCAGUAGCUAUAUACAGGGUCAGUAGCUAAAAUAACAUGGGUCAGUAGCUAAUAAGGUCAGUAUCAUAUACAGGGUCAUAGGGAAUCUAUAUCCAGGGUCAGUAAGAUAUAUACAGGGUCGGUUCCAGGUUAGCUAUAUACAGGGUCGGUUCCAGGGUCAGUAGCUAUAUCAGGGUCGGUUCCAGGAUCAGUAGCUAUAUACAGGGUCGGUUCCAGGGUCAGUAGCUAUAUACAGGGUCGGUUCCAGGGUCAGUAGCUAUAUGUCAGGGUCGGUUCCAGGGUCAGUAGCUAUAUACAGGGUCGGUUCCAGGGUCAGUAGCUAUAUACAGGGUCGGUUCCAGGGUCAGUAGCUAUAUGCAGGGUCGGUUCCAGGAUCAGUAGCUAUAUACAGGGUCGGUUCCAGGGUCAGUAGCUAUAUACAGGGUCGGUUCCAGGGUCAGUAGAUAUAUCAGGUCGGUUCAGGUCAGAGCUAUAUACAGGGUCGGUUCCAGGGUCAGUAGCUAUAUACAGGGUCAGGUAUCAUACAGGUGGUCAGUCAGUAUAUCAGGGUCGGUUCCAGGGUCAGUAGCUAUAUACAGGGUCGGUUCCAGGGUCAGGCUAUAUACAGGUCGUAGCUAUAUACAGGGUCGGUUCCAGGGUCAGUAGCUAUAUACAGGGUCGGUUCCAGGGUCAGUAGAUAUAUAUACAGGGUUGGUUCCAGGGUCAGUAGCUAUAUGCAGGGUCGGUUCCAGGGUCAGUAGAUAUAUAUACAGGGUCGGUUCCAGGGUCAGUAGCUAUAUGCAGGGUCGGUUCCAGGAUCAGUAGCUAUAUGCAGGGUCGGUUCCAGGGUCAGUAGAUAUAUACAGGGUCGGUUCCAGGAUCAGUAGCUAUAUACAGGGUCAGUUCCAGGGUCAGUAGCUAUAUACAGGGACAGUAGCUAUAUACAGAUACAGGGACAGUUCCAGGGUCAGUAGCUAUAUACAGAUACAGGGACAGUUCCAGGGUCAGUAGCUAUAUACAGGGACAGUAGCUAUAUACAGAUACAGGGACAGUUCCAGGGUCAGUAGCUAUAUACAGGGACAGUUCCAGGGUCAGUAGCUAUAUACAGGGACAGUUCCAGGGUCAGUAGCUAUAUACAGGGACAGUUCCAGGGUCAGUAGCUAUAUACAGGGACAGUUCCAGGCAGGGUCAGUAGCUAUAUACAGGGUCGGUUCCAGGGUCAGUAGCUAUAUACAGGGACAGUUCCAGGGUCAGUGCCAAUACCAUAUUUACAAUGUGCAGGGAUACUGGUGUGUUAGGGUUAGAUAUGUACAGGGGUAAGGUGACUAGGUAUCAGGAUAUAUGAUCACUUAACUGUUAAUGUAAAAAGUUGAUUUACAGAUAACCAGCCUAAACCUCAGAGUAAGCAUAACAGAAGCCCAGUGGUACUGUCAUUUCUCUGAGCCCAAUACUAAUGACUGAUAAACACUGUAGAACAGGUGGAUGUGUAGAUACCAGCCCAGGACAGCUCAGCCCAGGACAGCUCAGCCCAGGACAGCUCAGCCCAGGACAGUUUGGUCCCAAAGUGUCAAUCAGGCAUUAUUAUCAUUAUCAUUAUUAUUAUCAUUAUCAUUAUCAUUAUUAUUAUUAUUAUUAUUAUUAUUAUUAUUAUUAUUAUUAUUAUUAUUAUUAUUAUUAUUAUUAUUAUUAUUCAAGUACUGUAAAUUAAACUUAUAUUAUAGACCUUCUAAUGGACCUGGUUUAGGACUCACUAUGAAUGUGUGAUCCUAUGUCCUCCACAUCAAAGAGCUUCAGUGUAUAAAGUCCUCUGAGACUCUUGGCCGCCACCCUGCCAUCAUGCCACCCUCCCAUCAUGCCACCCUCCCAUCAUGCCACCCUCCCAUCAUGCCACCCUCCCAUCAUGCCACCCUCCCAUCAUGCCACCCUCCCAUCAUGCCACCCUCCCAUCAUGCCACCCUCCCAUCAUGCCACCCUCCCAUCAUGCCACCCUCCCAUCAUGCCACCGUCCCAUCAUGCCACCCUCCCAUCAUGCCACCCUCCCAUCAUGCCACCCUCCCAUCAUGCCACCCUCCCAUCAUGCCACCCUCCCAUCAUGCCACCCUCCCAUCAUGCCACCCUCCCAUCAUGCCACCCUCCCAUCAUGCCACCCUCCCUCCCACCCUCCCCAUCAUGCUCCCAUCAUGCCACCCUCCCAUCAUGCCACCCUCCCAUCAUGCCACCCACCCAUCAUGCCACCCUCCCAUCAUGCCACCCUCCCAUCAUGCCAUCCUCCCAGUGCCUAUUUUCUCUCAUCAGGACACUCUCUAA